AUGAUCAUUCUAAAUACGCUCACGGUACUCAUUCAAAUAGCGUUCAUAGUUUUUAUGACACUGUUGUCUAUGAAUAUAAUAAAAUACUUCACUGGUGUCGGUAAAAUGGUGAUGGUAGCGCCGGCGCUUUUCGUCAACCAUGGUGGAGGUCCGAUGCCUUUGCUUGGCGAAAAAGAUCAUUUAGGACUCACCAAGUUCCUGAGAGACGAAGUUAAGAAACAUGUGAAUCUUAAGGAAAUAAAAGCGAUAGUUUUAGUAACCGCUCAUUGGGAAGAAAGCGAGGUAACGAUAUCUUCAGGCGAUCGCCACGAACUUUAUUUCGACUACUACGGCUUCCCUCCGGAGACUUACAAGUACAAGUAUGACGCCCCCGGCGACCCGGAACUCGCGAAACGAAUUCAGACCGCAUUAAAAAAGGCUGGCGUACAAUCUAAGUUGGAUCCCAAAAGAGGUUGGGACCAUGGAGUUUUCGUGCCAAUGCUUUUAAUAAACCCAGUAGCUGAUAUACCUAUAAUACAAAUAUCUGUACUCUCAAACCAGAAUCCCGAAGAGCAUUACAACAUCGGCCAAGUAUUAAAACAAUUCCGCAAAGAAGGUAUCGCUAUAUUCGGCUCGGGAAUGUCUUAUCACAACAUGAGAGAGUUCUUCUACGGCCGUAAUGCUGGCAGGGUUGUCAAUGAGGAGUUUGAUGAGUUUUUGAAUGAUGCUUGUACAUCGGGGAAUAGUUUGAGAAAGGAGAAAUUGUUAUUGUGGGAGCAACAGCCAGGAGCGAGGGAGGCCCAUCCCCCACGAGCGGCCGAGCAUUUAAUGCCACUCAUAGUUAUUGCCGGUGCCGGAGGUGAGGGACCCGGUGAAAGAAUCUUCAACUGGGAUAUGAGCGGAACAUUUAGACUAAGUGGAUUUAUAUGGAAGAAUGACUGA